UGCAAUUUUCUGUAAUCACGGUGCAAUUUUCUGUAAUCACAGUGCAAUUUUCUGUAAUCACAGUGCAAUUUUCUGUAAUCACAGUGCAAUUUUCUGUUAUCACUAUGAACCAAUCAAAAUUGAGCUACGUUUUGGCGGCAAAAUGUUCUUUUUUUUUAAAAAACAAACAUGGCCGCAUUUAGCGGUGGGGAACGAUUCCCGCACUUGGAAGUGAGUUCAAUUGAAGAACUGCGAAAUAAUGCAGAAAAUACAAAUACCAAGAGAAGCACAAUCUUUUGGCUUGGCGUUUUUAAAUCAUGGGCAAAGGAGCGAGGUUUUUCUGAGGCCAUUGAAACGUACGAGGCGUUCGACUUAGACAAAAUUUUGGAGAAAUUUUACGGUGAAGUCAGGAACAAGGAUGGCGGUGAAUACGAACCAGACAGUCUCCGCGUUAUGAUAGCAGCCUUGGACUGUUAUUUGAAAGACUGUGGUUAUCAGAAGUCCAUAAUACGAGACCGGGAAUUUUGCAAAUCAAAAGAAGUUCUCGAGGGAAAGGCAAAGCGUCUACGCGAAGAAGGGAAAGGCAAGAGACCAAACAAAGCUCGAAGUCUAACGCAAGAGGAGGAAGAACUCCUGUGGACCAACGGAAAACUGGGCAAUAAAACAGCCGAGAGUUUAAUCAAUACUAUGUGGUGGUUGCUGUCUUGCUGACACAAUAUUUUGGUCUUCGUGGACGACAGGAGCAUCACGGCAUGAAAGUUGAAGACUUCACAAUUGGCAAAGACAACGACGGACUCGAGUACGUUGAAUACAUCGAAGGUCCCACCAAAACAAGAAAUGGAGGCUUGUCAAAAAAGUCGAGAGAUUUCCUGCCCAAGAUGUAUGCUACAGGUGAUGAAAGAUGUCCUGUUGCUCUGUUCAAUGAGUACUUGUCUCGGCAACCAGCGGCACUCCAAAAUUCCGGCCCGUUUUACCUGUCGAUAAAGUACAACUCCAACAACAACACUUGGUACAAAUCUCAACCUAUGGGCACAAAUCGCAUCAACGAAAUGAUGAAAAGGAUUGUCCAGGGAGCACAACUUGAGCAUCAACAACAAACGAAAUUGACAAACCACAGUGCUCGUAAGACGGUAGUCAACAAAUUGUAAAAGAACAACGUUGAGCGUUCCUCGAUCGUGAAAGUAACUGGUCACCGCAACUUGCAAUCGUUCGACGAUUAUGAUGAAGGAGACGAACAAGAACAUCAGCAAAUGUCUUCCAGGAUAUCAUGGAGAAAUAAUCCACAACAACGUCGCGAUGGGGCAUACGAAUCUGUCAGUACAUGUAUAUAAACAGUGGAGAACUAGAUUAUUUUAAAGUGAAAUUUACGAACACAUAUUGCAGUCAGCUUACCCCUAGGUCAUGAGAAUCUUCAAAUUAAUCGAUUUACUGAGAAAUAUCUACAUGUAUAAAAUCUUUUUCUUGAGUUAAUAUAUUGUAAAAGAAAUAGAAAACAGUUAUUUCUGUGUAACGUUUUAGACAUGCUGCAUGUCAAAAACUAGAGAAAAAAUAUGGAAAUAAUAUGGAAAAACUUGCCCAAUAACCAUAGGCACUUCCUGAUUUUUUUAGUGCACACGAAACAACAUUAAAAUAUAGCAUCAAAUCGAAGCAGGCAAUGUAAUCCAUUGUAAAUAAAAUAGUUUUUAUUGCCAGCCAGAUAAUUUGAGAAAUGUGUAUACGAGCUCCUUUUCCCACAGUUGGUAAAUUAUUUCUCGUGUUCUAAUACUUACAGUAUUAUACCGGAAUUUCUGCCUUGUACCCAAGGCGUCUCUUUGUGAAAAAAAAAACAGUGACGUGCGUAUGUAGUUUGAUUGCGUAUGACGAAAUAAUGGCGAGAGGAACGCGGAGGGGCUGAUGGGAAGAGUAUACCCUUCCCAACCAUAAAUAUUAUAAAUAACACUAGAGGGGGCAUCAUAAUCUUAAUUCAGUCAAAGAAAGGGAACGCGAGUAUUGCCGGGGGAGCAAAAAUCAAAAUGCUUAAAUAAGAGCGAGUUUGAGCUGAAAUUUCUAAAUUCUUUUUUAUGGCAGUUAAGUAGUCCCGUUUUGAUUUUUACCUAAAAUUUUUACCUCAAUUUUGUCUGUAACACAUUUUUGAGAGCGCUUCAAAAUAAUGCUGAUGUCAUCAAUUUUGAUCUUUUCAAGAGGAAUUAAUCGUUUGAAUUCAAAAUUUGGGGGGAAUGUUUGUAGUAAUGACAUGCAAAACAUAUAAAAUACCCAGUUUUGUGACUCUUAUUUAAAAUUGUUUUGGUUUCAAGUGUAACCCAAGAAUUGUCAUGUGGUGUUCAUCCGGGAUUUCAAUUUGCCCCCAUUACCGCGCUCCCAAAUUUCACCCUCAAAAGUCCCCUCUAGUGUUAUUUAUAAUCUCUAUUUUCCCAACAGCUUCUUAGUCUCGCGUCGCCUGCCUGCCUGUAUCCUUAGCCUGAAUAGUAUUUAAUUAAAGCGCCUGCAUGGGUACGAGGCAGCCGGAAAUUAUAUUUUUUGCAACAACUUGCGAUUAUUUUUGGCCUUUCGACGGAUAAUUUAUUAAAGUUAUAAAAACACUUCCUAAUUGCAAAAAUUUUCGAACUCAUGUUAAACACGAAUUGAGUCAGUUCCCUCAAAUAUUUCUUACAAAUCCUUCAAAAGUUAGAAUUUACCUAAUAUGCAAAACUCGUAUUAAACUCCUAUUGUGAUAGUGCAGAAACUUUGAUAGUGCAAACCAGCGUUGACAAAAGACAUAUACACUGACAAGAGAGCUUGAACUAUUAUUGUCUAAUCUCAAUUUGCGCGGUAUAAAGAAAAGCCUAUUUUAAUAGUAUAUUGUACUCCAUGCAUACAGUCGAGUAACUGAUGAAGUUCAUGUACCUUCAUAGAUUGUGGACACCGAAAUAGCUGAAAUAUUGGCUGGUCAAAAGCAGUUGGAAAUAAAAUUUGACAAUGUAAGUCUUUUUGAAAUUUCAUUUUAGGCGUUUUCUAUAGUACAGUUUUUUUCUCAUUAAAUUAGUUAAUGUUCUGAUAACAAUUUCUUCAGUUAAUGAACAAGCGUGAAGCAAUGAAAGUCAGCAAGUCACUUCAGUCGCGAACUCAUGAAAAUGAUAAGCGUAUUUUGGAUGCUGCAUCAAGUCUUAGGGAUGGUGCGCUAGGUAGGUGUAUCCGCACGGUGUUUUAUAGAAUAUAGUGCUGUUGUGUAACAAUUCAUUGAAUGAUAAUAUUCUAAGUACGUUUACCUUUGGCAACAAAAUAAUUGUAUAUUAUACAUUAUCAUAUAUAUGCUCGGGAGGAUGCACGUAGGGCCGACCAGAGGGGGGCGGGGGCAAAUUGGGCAAUUUGCCCCGGGCCCCCUGUUUGUUAAAGGGGACCCAAAAUUUGCAAAUGGGGACCCAAAAGGUACAAUUAAAAAAAAAUAUUUGUUAACGUUUGUUAUAUUCGGUAUGAGAAAAAAUUUUUAGACCUUAAUUUUACUGGUAUUGGUCCGAAAAAAUGUGUUUUACCCGUGAUUUUACAGGUGUUUGUCCGGAAAAAAUUUUUGAACCUUAAUUUCACUUGUGUUUGUCCGGAAGAAAUUUUUUCAACCUUUUUUUUGGAUAUGUCGGGGAAAAUGUUUUAACCUCCCCCCGCUCACCAACGUUUUUGGGAAAGGAUUUUAUUUCCCCGAAUUAAAAAUUUACCCCGGGCUCCCGAAUUUCUCUGUGCAGCACUGGAUGCAUGGAUUGUGCUUUUCGCGCAAUUUGAUUGGUUGUUCAGCUCCGGAUAUCCUUGCACUAUUCACCUCCGGACAAAAACAAAAUGGCUUCCCGUUUCGUUCCGGUUACAGACGAGUAAUUUUUUUACUAAACGAUACAGUUCCUUAACAUUGUGUAGAGGUAUCCUUUAAAACGUACUAUUCUGAUGAAUAAAACUAUUAAGGUUGUAAAUACUAUUUUGUUUACUAUUGCGGGAGCUGUAAUACAAAUUGUUUAUUUCCGUUAGUUGUUUUUUGGUCAUUUUUGUUUUGCUAUGUGCAUGUUAUAUGCUAAAUUAUUAGGGGUGCACCGGAACCAGUUUUUUAAGUUCCGGCCGGAACCGGAUCCGACCGGAACUGGAAAAGACAUAAGCCAUAUAUAGUCAUAUGUUACUUUGUCCGCUGCCAGACAGGCAGACACUUCAAGUCAUCAAGGAGAGAGCUCGCAAAUGUUAGAAUAAAAAGAUUGACAAGCGUUAAACGUCAUAAUGAAGUGUUAAUAGUGUACAUUUCCCUUGCGUAGUCCAAAUUUCUUCCUAUACUGUGACCUUUUGUUAGACACAAAAACGUUUGAUAUUCUAUCUCUCUGAAAACGACAGAGUUCCGGUUCCGGCCAUGCCUUUUUUACCAGUUACGGCCGGAACCGGAACUCUAAAAAUUCGGGUUUCCGGCCGGAACUAAAAUUAUAAAACAAACAUUAACACAUUGAGUGACCCUGACAGCACUCUCCCCCUGACGAGUAAAAUCGUCUGGCGUUAGACAGAGUAAAAUAAUCUGGCGUUAGACAGAGUAAAAUAAUAAAGUAGGGCACAUCUGGGCGCAUUGUCACUGCCAGUGGUUUCAAAACAUUUCAUAGUAGACGUUGCGAUGGGAAGUGUAGGAGUUGCAACCGAAGGCCGAACUUCGCAACUCGGAGGAUCUGACGGGCCUGUGACAUGGGCAUGCUUCCAGAAAAUGACGGGCAUGCUUCCAGAAAAUUUUGAACUCCUAGGGCUAUACGAGAUGCAUUUUCCAGCACUGAUUUAUUCUUGAGACACAACAAAAAUCAUAUUUUAAAUGUCUAGAACACUGUUAAAUUUAUGUUCUUAUUAAUGCCUACAACGUUUACAUACAGUAAACAUCACCCAACAAAGCCAUAGUUGUUUGAAAUGCCUGGCAGCAUUCAAUAAUUUAAAUAGCCUUUAAUUUGCUUAAUUAAUUCAAUUAUUGGACUUUUAAUGACGAAUCAAUGUAAACUCCACAUAGCUUGUUUGAUCUAUUGCAGCAAAUAUAUUCAAAACAUUUUUAUUUGCAAUUGUCUGGCAUGAUUUUGCGAAAACCUACGUAAAAAUGGAAGAAAUUCGUAAAGGAAAUUUGCGGGAAAUUUCAAUAUCUUUGAAGGAAAUUUUAGUCCAAAUCUUCCAAAUCAGGAAAAAAUAAGGAUUUUUCAAUUUUUGAAAGUCGAAGCACUGCUCUGAGCCUGUCCUCAACGGGCAAGAGAGUCGUAUCAAGGCUUCUAAUCUGUGGCUGUGGUUAUGUUUCGACGAAAUGCACGCUUGUUUGCUCACAAAACGUUUUGUAAACACUUUAAUAUUUUAACCAGAAUUUAUAGUUCGUCAAUACUUACAAAAGAGAAAGUAGUCGUCGCAAAUGGAAAAGUUGCAGUCGGAUGCGACGGCUUAUUUUGAAACCACUGUGCAUGGGCAGAUUAACUUCCACUUUUAAAGGGGCAGUAUCAUCAAAAUUUUUAUUCUCUUAAACCAAAGCUUAAAUGAAAGUGCUUGUGAAACUGUAUAAUAACUUCUUUUGAAGAUUUUGGUUAACAUGCUUAGUUCUUGAGAUAUUUCAUUUUGUUUGUAACCAUGUGACGUCAUCUACUCAAUUACAUAUAUAAUGAGAUAUCAGCAAUUGUUGUUUAUCUUUGCUAUUUUUGAUCGAUUUGUUAAAAAAACACGAUAUGCUUAAUGAUACAUGUUAAAUUAACAAACGCGCGGCAUCUUUCGAAAUAUUUUGAUAAAAAUAGCAAAGAUACACAAAAAUUACCGAUAUGUCAUUAUAUAUGUAAUUGAGUAGAUGACGUCACAUGGUUACAAACAAAAUGAAAUAUCUCAAGAACUAAGCAUGGGAACAAAAAUCUUCAAAACAAGUUAUUAUACAGUUUUAUGAGCACUUUCGUUUGCGAAAAUAAAAAUUUUGAUGAUACUGCCCCUUUAAAGUAAAAGCCAAAGCUUAAUUAGCAAUUAUCUUUCAAACAUUUCAUUGAUUUUUAACCCGCGCGGUUGUGAUAAAACGGCAUCGCAUGUAUGGAAGGAAAUUGCUAUGUGUCAAUGAGCCAGUUGAGAAUCCAUGACAAAGACUAGUUAUCUACUGUAUAUGCAUUCUAGCCCGUGGCCGGAAACAAGUGAUAAAAGUGGGUUCCCUGUGAUGAAUAGCCUGGCGCGUUAUUAUUUGUGGGCAGGCCACAGUCCACGCUGAUUGUCAGGGUACUGUGCAUUGUGUUAAAAGGGUUUUUCACGGACCACUGUUUUUUUAUCUUCGAUUUAGGGGUUAGUAGGAGUUUUAAACACAAUCCUUUAAAUAGUGAUAAUUUGGCGAAAAUACAAGCUGACAGGUAAGACGAAUAUUAAUUGAAAUAAUUCCAUUGUUUUAUAAUCAUUAAUGUUUGUUACGUUAAUUUAAAGGAUAGCAUGGAUUGAAUGCACGAGAAGCAGAUUUGUUUGGGAUAUAUAAGGACUAUAGCAAAAAAUCGGGAUUAUUUUUUUGUGUUUUAUGAAGAAAAAAAAAACACACCAUGCACGUUUAUUGGCAAUUACCUUUCCAUCUGUAACCACUUAUCUUCAAUCAUCAGUUCAAAUCGAUUAUGGUUUAACGCGAGCAAUCACUCCAAAAACAUUUGUCAUACUUUGUCAGACUUUUCGUACGAAAUAAAAACUAUUUUUCGUUGUUAAACUUUCGUGUUUUAUCACAUAUAAAACACGACGCUGUCUAGUUCUUUUCCCAAAUACUUGUUAAUUAAAAAAUUACAAGAAAUAUACCAUGUGGCAGUUUUCCGAAACCAUAUCAUUAAUAUGUAACAUGUUACUUCUGGAUAAAAUUACAUGCAUAUAUUCAGUAGAUGGCAUAUUCAGUCCGGGAUAGAAUGUCGAUUCCAUCAUAUUCUUUUAGACUUUGGGGAAUGUAGUGAUAUAUUUUUUAUUUCAAGAGUUUAUGAAUUUUGAGAAUUUUAUUGUCAAGUAUAAUGUUCACAUGGAUUGUUUUGACUUUUAAAGGACUUUUCGUCGAAGUUGCGAGACUUUUGGAGCGCAUGCCUCUCGGCAGUAUUUAUUAACCCGCAUCAGAUUUUGAUCGAAAUUAUUGAUAACUGAAAAACAGUUCGCCAUGCAGUAUCGAUAUUACGUCUUGAUUCUGAAAAUGUGCAACGACGCUGGCGAUAUAUGCUUUUAAUAUGUAGCCUACCUCGCAUGCAGCCGCAUGCAGCCGCAUGCAGGUAACUCUUUAAUUAAUGGCAAACUAUGGAAUCAAACUGAAAACAUUCUUUUCACACCCGAAUGACACAGAGAGAUCUGCUUAUUGAAUGAACUGAACAUAUACUGAUCACAAUGACACCAAUGCAUGCAUUUCGCUGUAAUUUUAGAACAUUUCUGCAAGAUGUGGUUCAAGAAACAUUAGCGGAAGUGAAUGCAUCACAAACCUACCAGGCCUUAACUGAUGCUGUGAAUAGAGAAAGGCAGAAGAAAGACCAACUUCAACGCACUAUAUUAAAGUAGGGGAAUUUUGCUUCGUUUACAAACUUCUGGAUACAGAGAAUAGUUUAGCUAAAAAUAUUUAUUUAUUUAGCUUUGCCUUAUAAAAUAAUUAUAUAGGCCUACACAAUAUAAAACAAAAACAGUAUACAUAUAGCUACAUGCGAAACGUACAUGCAGAAGGCGGGGACACCACAACAAUUUUACACCAAUUAAUAUGGACCCUUGAUUUAAAGAAAGUAAAACAAUUUAGGCUGAAAGUUAUAUAAAACUAUAAUAACAUGAAAAGGCAUGAAUUAGACUCAGCGAUACAUGCAAAUUUUAAAACAGAUCAUUAUAGACAUAACCAAGAAAUAUGUCCCUAACGUCCAACCUAUUUAAUUUAUGCUUUGUUAAAAAUGUCUGAAAUAUAUAUAUAUAUAUAUAUAUAUAUAUAUAUAUAUAUAUAUAUAUAUAUAUAUAUAUAUAUAUAUAUAUAUAUAUAUAUAUAUAUAUAUAUAUAUAUAUAUAUAUAUAUAUAUAUAUAGGGACUGUUCGUUUCCCAAUUAAUACUCUGAGAGACAUUUCCCCUCUUCUGAAUUAUAUAGGGAAGAAGAAAGUCGAAAAGCUGUAAAAACGUUACAACGUCAGUUAGUUGAAGUUCGAAAGCAAAAAGAGCAGGAAAUUCAGGUAAGAAACAAAUUAUUUAAUAUUAAGAAAAUGCAAAGUAGUUACUUAUUAUAAGUAUAGAAAUAUGGCUUCCCCCGUUUCUGUUAUAUACAGUAUAAAGCCGGCAAAAAGCAUUAUUAAAGUUGACCUGAAAAAUAAGAAAAGUUAACUGACUGGUAUUGUUAUAAUUGUUUUUUCGUGGAAAAGAUGUAAUUGUAUGUAAACAUUAAAAUAUUUCCUAUUUAUGUACCUUACAGCGAUAUUUUUCGUGCGUCUAUAGUGCAUAACGAUAUACUACCUAAUUCAAUUAAUCGAAGAUUGAAGUGGGUGCGAGUGUGGGUCUGUACCAUAAAAAUAAUAAUUAUCUAUUAUUUCAAUGGUCUGUCCCAGGGGACAAGCCUUUGCAGUGUUUCAAGUGGGAUUCGGAAUUUUAAGGAAAAUAUGAAGCGAGAUUUUAUAUCAUCGCCGGAAGUAGAGUUGAGAUUACUGUAAAUAUGGCGGGAUAAAAGGGAUUCGAUGCAAAAAAUUGUCGGGAUUGUGGAAACCGGUACAUGUCCCUCAUAGAAAUAUGAAGUGCUUUCAUUUUUUACACAGCAAAGAAAUGAAAUGAUCGCACAUCUCAAAGACCAACUUCAAGAGAUGAAAGCCAAAGCGAGUAUGGAGGGCAAAUAUAUCAGAAAAGACGCUGAAGUUCGAGUCAAUGUCACUCAAAAGAAAUGCCAACAGAUAGAAACAAGUUUGAGACAGGAACUUGAGGUACGCAAUUGUGUUAAAUUGACUCAUGAAAACCUUGUCGCUUUGACUUUAUAACUGCAUGUACAUAUUGAAGUUGCUCAUGCAAUGGUCUGAAUUAAUGCAGCAGUUAUAGGUUAAAGCAGAGAUUUUGUUUGGAUUUGGUCAUCUCGUAAUCCACACUGCAUGCUGUCUGCUCAGACCAUCCCACAUACAUACUGUAUAACUAAUGACAAAUAUUAACAAAUAUUCGAUAAUUGAUUUACAGUGAAUCGUUCUUUAGGAGUUGCGCUAUAAGAUUGGUGAAGAAUCACGAGUGAAUGGUGAGAUUGAAUCCUACCUUCGAACUCAUCACCAGGUUGGUUUUGUUAUAAUAUUAUAGCGGCUACCAAUUUUUCAGAGUUAUACAUCCAACUCUGUCGCUACGGCCAGUUGUUAUGAUGAGUCCCUCACAUGCAAAUCGCUGGAAUAUCAUGUUCUACGUUCCUCUUAGACACUUGAAAGUUAAAACUGAUUUGCGAUAUAGAACUGACAAAUGUCGUUUUGCUGAAAUCCAGUGAAAUUUGUUAAUGAACAUAUAAGGUACAUGUUUAUAAUACAUGCGAUUGUUCUUAAAUUGGUAAUUAUUUCAAAAGCAAAAUCCAGUACUGCUUGAAGCUUAUAUUUUACAGUAGCUCUGAAGUAUUCAAAUGUUAUACACCCUUUUCAUAAAUGGCUGCCAAUUAAAAAUUCUUUUAUGUGCAUGCAUAUAAAUUGGCCCAACUAGCCUCGUACUCAUGUUAAGAUUUCAAAGGAAUUUCUACCCAGAAACGACGCUAGUUGGGCCAAUUUAUAUGCACAUAAAAGAAUUUUUAAUUGGCGGCCAUUUAUGAAAAGGGUGUAUAUAACCAUGCAAUAUGGCACGAGCCAUAGAGUUGCUUUUGGCGUUAUGUGUCCAUCUCGCGUUAUAUCUGAGUGUGUGAUCUCAACUAAAUAAUGUUCUAACUUCUUGCAAAACCGAUACAAAGCAUGUAUUAUUCUAUUAUAAAGUCUCGUCAAGGCCACGAGCGUUUAAGCGCUAUAUAAUUCCAUGAGAAAGAAUUAAGUGCUCCUUCAUGUCGUUAUCGGCGCUUUAAAGGCAGCAAUUUCCCUGUGAUUUUACCUGUACAUGGUAGAAAAAUUACAUAAUUAUGCCUGUACUACUAACAACAGAUCCUCCAGGAUCUAAAACAAAUUGCAAUCAUAAAAGCCUAGCUUUAUAGCUAUAAAGUGCAUGACGCACUUCCUGAAAAAGUGUGAUUUCAGAACAAUCCCUAUAGUACAUGCAUGUGAGCAUGGAGGAUCCUCUUCAGAAAUUCACGUCAAAAGCCAAAAAUUAUUUUCUAGGCUUUGGAAGAAAAAGUAGAAUACUGGAUGGAAAAGUAUGACAGAGAUGUAGAAGCCAAACAACACGAAUUAGAUGUACUUAAGGUAAGAUCUAUUUUCACUUAUUAAAAAUACUUUUCGUACAGCUGUGGUUCUUCCAGACUUUUAUCGUAGUUUGUGUUAAUUACAGGCUUCGAAAGCAAACGAUUUAUCGAGACUCCAAGAGCUUACGCAAAAGGUUAGUACUAUGAUUAACGGCAUUUUACAACAAAACUUAUUGUUGAUACCAUAUAAGCCAGGGUGCGAUAAUUCAAGAUUUUUAGUCGUACUUGAAUGCUACUUAACUUGAUAGCAAGAGUUCCGCGUAUACCUACGUAUAAUAUUUGACUGGAAAAACAUACCAUCCAGUAUUACUGGCAUACCUCCGAUACCUAUAACGCGAUUUUUCGCACCCAGGAAUAGCACUGAAUUGAUAUCUUCACCAGUUGUAAUGUGCACGGGACCAUGUUAGUCUAAAUUUUAAUCUAAGUCAAGAGAAGGGAAUCAAACACAACAGUUAAAAAAACAUAAUGAAAUUAGUAAAAUUGCAAAAUUUGGUUGCGAAAUGUUGUAAAAUACAGAAGAUAUAGCCUUGCUAAAUUUGCACAUUUUCAGUAUAUUUGUAUUACGUGUGGAAAUUGUUACCAUUUUCGGCUCAAAAAUGGUAACAAUUUCCGCAUGUAAUAUAAAUAUACUAGCUGGAAAUAUGCAAACUUCACAAGCCUAUAUUUUCUGUAUUUUACAACAUUUUGCAAUUCCACUAAUUUUAAUAAGUUCUUUACGGGAAUUUACUUUUUUUUGCCUUAAUCCAAAAUUAGUAUAACAUGCAAGUUGUCUAUUACAACCCUAAAAAUGUAUCUAGUAUGCAAUUUUCUUACAAUAGUUGUCAAGCUUAAUUCGCCGAAGUUUUUGCGAUGCUAUGUUUUUGCGAUGAGUUUUGAUGUUGGAAAACGCCAUGUUUGAUGAAAUAAUCAAAAUCCUGCCAUGCUGAUGGCUUAAUGUAACACACAUGAUUAGACAACACUAUCUCAUAUCAUUAAUAAUUCAUAGCCCCAGUUUUUUUAAUUCCGUCUAGUCCCUUUUGGGAUUUAAAACAUUACUUAAGAGUUUUAUUUUUAAUAUUGACAGUAUUCUGAGUAUGAAAAAGUUGUGAUUGAAGAUAGAAUUGAGAAGGAAAAGAUAAGACGGCAAGCUGAACAAGAGGAAGAGGAGCUAAAGGCAGCAAUAAAUGUACCGUAUAUUUAUGUUGAUUGUUGAAUUUUAGGACUAGUGCGAAUGUGCGAUAUGGUGAAGGGUCUCCCAAGAAAUUAACAAUUAUCUGAAUUGAUUAUCCAAAGAUUGUCCGGCGCCGUACCAGAAUGAUUGUAUAACGCUAUUAUUGGUACCUUUCCGGAAAGUACGUCGUUUUGGCUAUUGAGCCUCAUUUAUGGGACAUUAGUUAAAGCCCAAUAUCUCGAUCACGAAACGAGGGUCAAUGACUAAAGUGACGUACUUUUGUGUUCAACUGUUCCUUAUAACAACAACAAUAACAUGCAGCAGCAGCAGCAGCAGCAGCAACAACAACAACAACAACAACAACAACAACAACAACGACAACGACAACGACGACAACGACAACAACGACAACGACAACGACAACAGCAACAACAGCAUGCAGCAACAACAGCAGCAACAACAGCAGCAACAACAGCAGCAACAACAGCAACAGCAACAAUAAAUACACAUAGAAAUUCCGUUUUUCUUCGCAGAUUCAGUCGUGGUGGCGAGGUGUGAUGGUCCGCAAACAACUUGGUCCUUACAAUUUGAAGAAAAAGAAGAAAGGGAAAAAAGGAAAGAAGUCGGGGAAGAAAGGAGGAAAGAAAGGAAAGAAGAAAUAAAUGAUCUCUCAAUUUUUCCAAAAAUGUUUUUACUGUACAUAGAAAACAUGUAGUCAUAGUUUAAGUAUACUUGAAAUUAUUUAAAGGAUUAUAACUUUUUGAUGUAUACGUACUAUAUAAUUUAUUUUAUACUACAUAUGACGUGGCGAAGGGUUCAGUCUGUAUUGGCUCCUAUCUAUGCAAACGGGACUCUGUUCUUUUCGUCACGUCGCGUCACGUACAGGACGACUCGGCCAAAAAAGCGUAACUGCUGCCAUGUGCACGCCAUGCUUCGUCAUCAAAAUGCUGACACCAUGGACGUCCACCAUUUGAAUUUUAUCAGGGGGGUGAAUGCCUCUCAUAUAUAUAUAUAAGCGCACUGGCGGACCAUGGCGUCAGCAUUUGAUGACGAAUUACGGUUACGCCAAAAUCAUAGGAAAAACCAAGAAGUCUAUCUUCUGUUUGUCUCUAUUCUGUGUCUGCGUACUAGAUUAAUUAAGCAGAUCUUAAGCACCCUAAUCUGUUACAAAAGUACAAAACUGAGGACAUGCUGUACAGACCACAUUGUUAGCAUAAUUGGCAUAUUUAUAACUUUCAGAGCAAAAUACUGAAGCCAUGACAAGUUCCAGGAGUGCUAGGGCAGGCCAAAAACGUACAAUGCGCAAAAACCAGGGAUACUGGAGUAAGCACCGGAAGUACACUUAAUAUCG